AUGUCUGAUCUCUCUUCUGACGACUUGCGUGCAAUUCUCUCGUUCACCACUUCAUUGGCACGGUCUGCUGGUGAAAUCAUCUUGCAAGGCUCUCAGGCAAUCCUCGCUGCCGGGAAUGUCAACGAGAAGAAGAAUUCGGUCGAUCUUGUUACAGAGUACGAUGUGAAAGUGGAGGAGUUAGUGAAGAAAGAAUUGAGCAGCAAGUAUCCGUCGUUCCAGUUUAUCGGAGAAGAGUCGUAUGCAGCAGGAUCGAGGGCGCCGCUGACAGACGAGCCUACGUUCUGCGUCGACCCCAUCGACGGAACGACUAAUUUCGUCCAUGGAUUUCCUCAUGUCUGUAUCUCCCUUGGUUUGAUCUACAAGAAGUCUCCCGUACUCGGCGUCAUCUACAACCCGUUCCUUGAGCAGCUUUACACUGCUGUCAAGGGCGACGGUGCGUACCUCCAACAAGGAAGCCGCUCACCCGUGAAGCUACCCAUUGCAACUCCGCGCCCACUACCAUCGCUUUCGCAAGCCCUCAUCGGUAUUGAGUGGGGAUCGGACCGUUCACAGGAUCUUGUCCGAGCCAAGGGCGACUCUUACAAGAGACUCGCGGGUAACCCGAAGGAAGGUGUUGAGGGAGGGCGCAUGGCGCACUCUUUGCGCUCUCUCGGUAGCGCUGCCCUCAACUUCGCGCUGGUUGCUCAGGGCGGCAUGGAUAUAUAUUGGCCUUGGGAUGUGUGUGCAGGCUCAAUCAUCGCACAAGAAGCCGGUUGUCUCUAUAUUGUCAUCCGAGCCAUUGGUGAUAGCGCGUCCGAGAAAGGAAGUGAUUCUCAAAGACGGCUCAUCAAGGACUUCUACGAUACCGUAGAGGAUGUUCAACCGGCAUGA